UCCCCCCGCCAAAUGAAACUUACUUCCUUUCUUUCUUACAAGCUCUAUUUCAAUGGCUACUAUACUCGAAUCUGCUAUCAACCCCUUCGGACUCGACUCAGAUCCGCUUAUCUACUUUCUACAUCUCCUCCAUAACGACGAUGAGAGUGUUCGUAAAUCUGCAAAGAAUCACCUCAAUUUCACCAUCAAUAACUCCCCAAAUGCAUUGGUUAACGAAAUUGUCAAGACAAUUGAACAUUUCGCAUUUUCAUCAUCGUCAUCAUCGUUAUUAUCAUCUGUGUGUGUUCUUUGUUAUGAUCUUUUAGGCUAUAUUUUACCAUCCCAUUGGACUAAUCUUUGGUUAUCUACGCAAGAAAAGGUAAAGACUUCUUUGAAUUUCAGUAUUUGGAUUGAGAAAGAUGAUGAGGUAUUCAAGGCUUGUUCUUCUUGCGUAUCGCGUAUAGCGUGUUUGCUUUUCCGGAAAGAUGAAUGGGGAUUGUUGUUUGACUUUAUGUUGAAGUACUUGGGUGUGGAUUGUUGGAAUAGAGUAGUGGUUGUUUUAUGGGAUGAAUUGAUACCGAAAUGUCCUGAGAUUUUCGUAUCGUAUGUUGAUCAUUUGAUUGAGGGGUUUAAGGAUGUUAUGGUUGCUGAAUCGUAUGAUCGUCGAGUUGGAGUUGCUGCUGCUAAGGCAUCGGUGAAAUUGAUCUUGUAUUAUUCAACCCCCCUGAGUUAUUCAAAGUUUCACGUGCUUUUAGGGAAUUUGAUGAUUCAUUUGUUUAAGGAAAUUGGUGAGGAGGAGCUUGUUUGUAGCCUUCUUGAGGAUUUGAUUGUUUUAGCUUGUGUAAAGGCCGCGUAUUUUAGUGUCGAAAUUGGUGUUGUGAUUGAGCGUAUGGUGAGGCUAGCUGGGGAUUUGACGUUAGGCGAAAAGACAAGGAAACUUGCUGUUGAGUUUGUUGUUACUGUUGCUGAAGAUAGGGAGAGUGGAUGUGAGAUGAUGCAGAUGGUUCCGGAUGAAGAAGUUACUAAGUUGCUUGGUGUGUUGAUUGAUAUGUUGGUGCAUAUUCGCGAUGACCCUAGUUGGGGAAGCGCGGUUAAUGAUGAUGGAAAUGAAGGGGAGUUGGGUAUUUGUAGUUACGGUAAGGAGAGUUUGGGUAGGCUAGCAAUUGCAUUAGGGGGAAACGUAAUUGUGCCUAAUUUGCCUCCGACGAUUUUCAACUUCUUGGAUCAUGAAGAUUGGCAAAUUCGUUAUGCUGUUGUUACUGCGAUUGGGGUUAUAUCGGAGGGAUGUUCAAAGGUGAUAGAAGUAUGCUCAGAGGAUAUGAAGCACCUUGCAGAGACUAUUGUGAAGCUAAUCUCUGAUAAUCACCCUCGAGUGCGAUGGGCAGCGAUUCAUGCAAUUGGUCAGCUAUCAAUGCAUAUGAGCCCGCAGUUUCAAGAACAAUAUCAUCAGCAGGUUCUUCCAGCUUUAAUAAAAGUGUGGAGUGAUUUUGAUAAUCCCAGGUUGCAGGCACGUGCAACUUCAACGAUAAUGGCAUUCAGUCACAAUUGCAGUGCAGAUAUUUUGAAGCCUUACCUGCGGAAUAUAGUGAGUGAAUUAGUUCUACAGAGUGGAAUGACAAUGAUGAGCGAAGCAGCUCUGGCAACUUUAGGUUCUUUAGCUAUUAAGUCACAGGAGGGCGCUACACACAUAUAUGAUUCUAUAAUGCCUUACCUGACAGCUAUCUUGGUAACUGCUACUGAUGAUACAAGUCGAACGCUCCUUCCCAAAUGCUUGGAAUGCAUUACUAUGGUUGCAAUGGCGGUUGGAAAUCUAGCAAUCGGUGAUCUUGUUGCAAAGGUCGCUGCUGCUCUCAUUUCGUUGCAAAAAACUCAUAUGGAGGAAGAAGAUCCAAUGAGGUGCCUUUUGUUACAAGCAUGGGGUAGACUAUGCAAAUGCUUAGGGACGGAUUUCAUUCCUUAUCUGCGUGUUGUCAUGCCUUUUGUGCUAAAAUCUGCUACGCUGAAGAACUAUUUGAGUGUUUCGGAUGAUUCUGACGAUGAAAGCGCGGGUUAUGUCACUGCUGGGAAUAAAAAGGUCACGAUAAGAAGUGGACUUCUGGAAGAAAAAGCCUUGGCCUGUCAUAUCCUAUGCUGCUUUGCAGCCGAGUUGAAUGAAGGGUUGCAUUUGUGUGUUAAUGAGGUUGUUAGUGCCUUAGUUCCAAAUCUUACCUUUAAAUUCAGCGAAGAAGUAAGAAUGGCUGCCAUUGCUGCAAUGCCUUUACUGAUAAAUUCAGCUGCAUGUGCUAUGAAGAAAGGGCGUCCUGUAACAGGUUGUGGCAAGUUCCCAGUUCAAACGAUAUCUGACACUAUAAUCCGAGCUUUGCUGAACGCGUUAAACAAGGAGUCAACGGUACAAAUUCAAGCGAGACUAUUGGAGGCGUUCAACGAAAGCAUUCAGAUUUCGAGUUUACUUCUAUGUAAAGACCAAGCUGAAGAAUUUGUUGAUGGCAUAUCAAACGCUCUCUUGACUAGCUCGUACCACAAAGCAGAAAUAGAGAAAACAGCUAAAGAACACAGACAUCAAAGGCGGCUGGAAGCUGAACAACACUUAACUAUAUGUAGAAACAUUGGCAUUUGCCUUAAAACUAUGGUGAAAAAACACAAGGCGGCAUUCUUGCCCCUUCUCGACAAGUUUUUGCCUUAUUUGCCGCUUAUGUGGAGUAAUGACGGAACAGCAGAAGAAAGAAAGAUCGUAGUGCUACUUUUCCGUGAUAUUGCUGAGCAGUGUAGAGAAGAAGUAUUCAGGUACUACGAGGAGUGGAUACCUCUCCUGCCUAGAGUUUUGUUUCAUAAGAAUCCAGACGUUCCACAGAUCGUGGCUACUGUAAUCGGUAUCUGUGCUGAAUUCGGAUCAGAUUUUCUUAAGCCUCAUAUUACAGUAAUAUUCAAUUGUUUAAAAACUGUAAUGGAGCAUCCUGACGCCAAAAACCCGGUUAACAUCAUGGCUUAUGAGGCUGUUGUUUCUACCUGUGGGAAGUUAAACCAGUUUGUCUGCGGAGGCAUCUACACCUGUGAGUCCAUCCUGCUCUGGCUUAGCCACUUACCAAUAAUGUGUAAUCCAGACGAGGCUAAAAUCAAUCACGAAAUGCUUUGUUCCAUGAUGGAGACGUCAGAGCAGAAUGUUAUUGGCCCUGAUGGAAUUCAUAUACCGAUAAUAAUAAAAAUUUUCGCUGAGGUUUUAUGGGCAGAGAAGAAUUUGGCUACUGAAGAAACUGUGAUGCGAAUCAUCAAUCUAUUGAAGAAGUUCCAAAGGGAAAUGCAGCCAACUGACUUGGCCAAAAUAUUUGAAGAAUUACCUUUACCACAUCAAAGCAUGUUGCGUAACGUCUUGUCCAUCGUAUAAAUGUAUAGAUACAUGUUCAGAAGACACAAAGCUAUCACAAAAAGUAGUGUGAUUUGUAUACAGAAGGAUGAAAUAGGUGUGUGAUUGUUAAGGAAUUUUUGUGAUCAAAUAAGACCUGAACAUAAAUGAAAUUUUUGUACAAUUUUUUCUGCUAUAUGAUCUUCUGUUAUUUUUUCA